CGCAGGCGCCAAGAGCGCCCUGCCUCCAGAGGAAACGCCAACCACCUCUGGAUGACGCGUCAGUCAUGUCCCGGCCAGACCCUGCCACCACCCAGAUAGCUGCCAGCCUGCCCGGGGGAUGCAGCUCUUCAGCCUCACGCUGGGCCUGGCUCUGCUGGGAAGUUCAGGUGGCGGGGGCCAGGAUUUCCAGGUGCUGCAGCCCUGGCCCUCCGCGCAGGCAUCCGCAGGGGAGACGCUCAUGUUGAACUGCACCGUGACCAAGCGUGGACUCCCAGGGCCGGUGAAGUGGCUCAAAGGCUCGGGCAGCAACCACCAGCUCAUCUACGCAGAGAUAGGGUCAUUCCCCCGGGUCACAAGGGCUGUCCCCAGCUCUGUCUCUGACUACUCCAUCCACAUCAGUGACAUCCGCCCCGAGGAUGCCGGCACCUAUUACUGCGUGAAGUUCAAGAAAGAACCGCCUGAUGAGGAGUACCAACGCGGAACAGGCACGGUGGUGUCUGUGGGUGGGCUGUCCACGUCUGCGGCCUCUGCAGUCGGUGGAGCAGCGUGUGUCCUCGUCCUCUUGCUCCUCAUCGCCAUUUACUUCUACCUGAGGAAGAGGAGAGGUCUGAGCCGCCAUAGCCCCAGGUCUAUAUACACCGGAUCCUCGUGGCAUAGCCCUGUGCCAGCCGCUCUCCGUCAGCUCCAGCAGCCCCCAGCUCCCACCCGGUCUCCAGCCCCCACAUCAGACCCCUCCAGUUGUCCCCACCAGCCCAAUGAUGGCAAGGACAAGAACAUCCUUUACGCAGAGUUGCUGCACGUCAGCGGGGCCCAGCUGCCCCAGAAGAGCCCGGUGGGGGAGCAGACCGAAUAUGCAGUCAUCAAGGCAGCCCCGGCUGCCUCUAGAUAAAGAGACACGGGCGCGUUGGUUUGCAAAGCCUCGGAGAGGGACCUCAAGGGCAAGAAGCUGAGUUAGGAGGAGAAAGUAGAAGCAGCAAAAAGGCAAGCUAGACAGUGCUUGUAAAAUGCCUGUCAUCCCCCUGGGAGCCGGGGAGGGGGACGAUCUCAUGCCAGGACCUGACAAAGACUCACAACUGCUUUGCCCCGUGACACUGUCAAGGAUAUUAGAUGGGACUUGACAUCAGGGGAACGUACAGACCAGUGCGUCGGCAGCCUGCAACCCUCUCCCUGUCUUCACCCCCCGCCGAACAUCUCCCUGGGAGCAGCCAGGACGUUGCCUGUGAAACCCGAGCGUCUGUCACGGUGUCCGUGGCACCGGAGCGCCCCGCUGCGCCCCGUCAGGGCAAGUCUUCCAACAGCUGGGUUUGUAAGCACGGGCUCCCCGAGUCGCCGGGCUCAGCGGUCCGGCUGCCCCGCCGCUGAGCGGAGGCAUUCUCCAGCGAUCACACAAAUGCGACGGGCUUCCGAGGCUUGUCGUUUCCGUGCCUGCUUUCAUCGUCAGCCAAAUCCACCCCCGGAGAAGCCAAAAAGACAAUGGCACCUUGCAAAUCCAGCUGUGCUCCAUGCACGAGAAUUAAUCCGUGCUCAAGAGAUUUCCUGGGAGUUGAAGUUCUUCCCUUUGUUCGUUAAGGAGCCAGCAUGAGGUUGGACUCUCCAAAUUACCCACCGGGGAGAGCAAAUGCAUCCUGGAUCCCAUGAAAAGGGAGAGCGGGCCUGUGAGAAGCAAACGCCCUUUGUUUUAUGGGCUCCGUAGACCUGAGGCUUGCGUGUUGCUGCUUUAUUUCAAUAAACACGGUGUAUAAAGGUGAAA